UCACGCGAUCUCUUCACUGGGGGUAUUUGAAGGAACAAGGCGACGUGAGCACGAACUCUCUAUUUAUCCUCUGAAAGAUUUACAGUCGAAGGUUACUGCCUCCAUUCGACUUUGCACAAGGAUUUGAUUUUUUCUGUUCUGGCUGGCUUGAAAAAGUUUCCAAGAUAAAAAUGCCCUAUAAUUUGAGAAAAAGACCAAAGUACGUGGACACGUCAGGAAAUGUGAAGAGAAACAGUUCAGCUAUCGAGCGGGAGAAAAAUCUUGACGUUACAACUGUAAAAUGGCGAAUACACACACCAUGGUCACUUCAAGAAUAUUCAUCACAUACACAGGAUCAACUGAGAGAGAUCUUUGGAAAAGGGAGGCACAAACAUGUGAACCUGAGAAGUGUCUUUGUGGAUUCAGAGUCUAGUGAAGAAGAGGAUAACUUUGAAGAAAGACUUGAGGAAAAAGAGGGAUGGAAGUUGUUAAGGAAGGCAAUAGACUCCAAAGUGAAAUGUGGACAAGUUGCCACUCUGUGACUGGUUUAUUAAGUGAUAUUGAAAUGACUUGAGGCCUUCUCAACUGAAGGUUUUCUGUAUUGAGUUUUAAGAUAUCUAAUGUUACUUAACUUACAUGUGCUGAAUAGUAAAAACCAGUAACAUAAAUGGGCUGAUGGAAGUUUACAGCACUUAAUUGUAAUGAAAUGAUACCACUUCUCUGCAUCAUUUGGACCAUGGCCAUGUUGUGGGGAACACAUGUAGGUGUUCCUCUAGACCUAGCAUUAGUCUUGACAGUAACAAUAUACUUUGAAAAUGAGGUUGGUGACAUCCAUUUUUGUGGCUACUGCCUCCUAUAGGAGGUGAAGCAACAUUAGCCACAGUGGAGAUGAGUUAGUGCGCGAGUGGGAGAGUGAGUGAUAGUAACAGUAGGAUUCUGAUCUUCACCACAUUUUGUUGUUUUUUCUAGUGCUACCUAUUGUUUGCUUUCAGAAUACUACAGAAGACAAUAAGCAUGUCAUGAUAUUUUCAGGAUGAUGUGUGAAAAAAAUGGUUUUUCUUUCAGAAAUAUUGUAUAUGUUGUGAUUGGCACAGCAUGAAAACUUUGAGGAAAAGUUUCUUCCUUGUAGAGAGAGGGUAUUAUUGUGUGAAUCAGCUGAUUAUGCCCAGCAGAUUGUAAGAUAUUACUCUUUCAGUUUGAGAUAACCAUUUCAAACCUAUUUCGCAGUGGUGUCUCAGGCACAUAAUUAAAAACAAGACUUGUCCUUGCAGAAAGAACUUAAAGUCCCUAUGACACCUAUUUUUUUAGCAUUAAAUUAUAAAAAUAGAAGUAUGUAGAGAGUGUCUGGUAAGAUUUGUGGGUGAUUCUGAUGCAUCUGUGUUACUUAGCGAGGCAAUAAAAGUGCGAAAUUGUAUCGAGCCUAGGCUACCCAUAUCUCUUUGGCUUCGUUAAAGAGUACUGGAACCUGUGAUGUAACAGUACAAACACUAAGUUUAUCAAAGAAGCAAAGUGAGUGCGGAAGCUACUGUUUACAAUCUUUUUAGCCAAAAAAUGCCGUUUUAAUGUGUAGUUUGGGGUUUUUCGAAUACCCCUGACUCGAUGAAGAAUAUUUCUCUCCACAAGAUUCCUAUUGUGACGUCACAGCACCUAGUCCCUCUUUGCUCGGCAAGACAUUUUAUCUGCAGAUUAUAGAGCUUGAUAAAAAAUUCAAAAAAGGGUAAAAUACCACAAAUGUUGCAAAAACAUGUUUUAGAGUCAUUAUAUUUUGAUGUAAAAUAAAAGAAAAAUUAGUGUCAUAGGGACUUUAAUUGGUUUGAUCUGCAUAUUGUGGAAACUAUGAAGAAAAAUUAUUUGGUUGAAGAACAUUUUACCAUUUCAAUCAGCAACUAAUUUUCAAAAGAGCCACUACAUUUGCAAAGCGAGCAAGAUCUGAAAUAGAAUGAUCCUAUGCGAUUGAACAAUGGAAUGUUGGAGUGAUGCAAUAUCCUGCCACUCAAAAUGCUCCGUUGUCUGAAACAAUAGUCUCACAAAAAUGGACUUGCAAUUAAAUAAGAAAAUAGUUAAUAAGUAACAGGCAAUAUUAAAAGAAGCAUAUUUUGAUCAUUAUUGGAGCCAAGAUGGUAGAUUGAUAGGGGAACAUUGAGGUUCCUAAGCCAGCCCCAUUGAGUUGUCAUUACUAUCAUUAUCAUUAUUUUUUUGUUACCAUUUAAUUAUUGGUUGAGUGUCAAGUAGUCACUAAAUUCUUGAAUCAUCUCUCUCUCUUGUGGAACCGGGUAAUCAGAAGUAUGUGGGAUGCACCAGAUUUUCUGUAUUGCAUGUGAGACCAAAUCUUCUGCAACACUACCUUGUAGCAUCACAGACUAUAAAACCAUCAUUAUAGUAGAAGCCAUGUGCAGUCUCAAACUGGCUAUUUUUUAUAUUUAUUUGUUUAGAUUUUACUUCUUGUAAAUCCUCUUUACUGAAAUCUCUUGAAGAGGCUGAAGACCAUUGUCUAGCCUCCAAAGGUGGCCCUGAAAAUCUAAAGAUUUUUUUUGAUCUUGGUGAAGGAGAGCCUUUUCAGUGAUUUUGUCAUCCCUGAGUCCUUAGUCCUUGAUACAUGUGAAUUUGAGAAGAAGAAAAAUAAUAUCUGGUCUGCAUACCAAAAUCUGUCCAUUAAGGAUUUUGCCCUGUUUGUGUACUCUAAAAUCCAUAUUGCAACUCACCUCAAAGCAAAGUAUUUGUCAACUCAAAAAAACUCUCAAGAAGGUAUUUUAGAGGGAAAAAAUAAAAAUUUUUACCUUCA